AUGCUCGCGCUCGCGCAGGACGGCGAGACCGAGGUCUGGCCGGCGGGGUACGACGCCCUCGGCGUGAUCCCCAGCUUCCCCUUCUCGGAGGUAGACUCUGCAGCGCUGGGGUACCGCGUGCGCCUGGGCCGGUGGGUCGCGCCGCCGGGCGAGGACUGGACGCUCUCCGAGGUCUCGGGGGUCGAGGUGCGCGGGUUCGUGGAAGGCGACGAGGGGUUCAUGGGUGUCGUGGCGCCGAGCUACCAGGACACGAACAGCCCCGUGCGGCACGCGUGCUUCAAUGACACCGACCUCGCGUGCGCUGUGGUGGGACACACACUGCUCAUUCUGCGCGACUAUGUGGCGGUGUUCGCCGCCGUGAUCGCUGCGCCGGAGGACGAGCGCGACGCCGUGUUGCGGGAGAACACGAUCGCCAUCCGCUUCGACGCGCGGAUCCACGCGAUCAAGGCACAUGGCCCGCGCUUCGCCAUCGCCACGGACCGCGACGUCGUGGUGCUCGACUCGCGCAGGCUGCCCGCGAUGCCGCUGGCUCUAGGCCACGACGACGCCAGGCCCAGCCUCCACGCGCUGGUCCUCGGUGGCGCCUUCCCCACGCAGAAGAGUAGGGGUGGCAAGACGCGCCGCGUGGAUGCCAAGCUUGCUAUUGAUGAGCGGGCCCUGUAUCUCUUCGCGUCGGCGGCGAAGGUCGUGACGGUGCAUGCGUUUGGCGAGUAG